UUUCCGUUUUGCGCAUUGACGACGAGAUGGCCGGGCGUAGCUUCGCGGGGGUAGAGCUUGGUGGCACCUCUUGGGCGCUAGCCGUGGCCCACGACAACCCGCUCAACAUUGUUGCUCGGACGCGCAUCGACACGACGACGCCAGACGAGACAUUCGCCAAGGCGUUCGCUUGGCUGGCGACUCAAUCGUUUGAAGCCAUUGGUAUCGCGUCGUUCGGUCCCGUGGAUCUCAACCCUGCGAGCGCCACGUACGGCUUUAUCACAACGACGCCGAAGCCCUAUUGGGCCAACACUGAUGUCGUCGGUACAUUCAAGAAGCACUUUCCUGGUGUACCCAUCAGCUUCGAGACUGAUGUCAAUGCGCCUGCGCUCUUUGAAGCCACUCACGGAGGUCACGGGGACGUCUCUAGCUUGUGCUACAUUACCGUCGGUACGGGCAUCGGCGUCGGCGUCUGCGUUGACGGCAAGGCCGUACACGGCAUGUUGCACCCCGAGGCUGGGCACAUGCGCGUUCCAAUCGCUGACGCAGAUGUGGUCACGGGAUUCCAAGGCACAUGCCCUUUUCAUGGCACUUGUGCUGAAGGUAUGGCUGCAUCAGGAGCAAUCGCAGCCCGCGCUUGCCUUUCCCGUCAAGAACUUCAGUCCUUGGAUGACGACGACCCGGUCUGGGACACUGUUGCUCACUACCUCGGUCAUCUGUGCGUCAACUUGACACUGACGGUAUCACCUCAAGUCAUUGUGAUUGGGGGUGGCAUCUCCAAGCGUGCAGGCCUCUUCGAGAAGAUCCAUGCCAAGUUUGAAGCGUUUGUCAAUGGUUAUGUAGCCACGCCUCCCAUGACUGAAUUCAUUCGACCCUCGUUUCACGCUGAUGUUGGACUGGUCAGCUCCCUCGAGCUUGCCAGAUUGGCCAUUCUCUAAGGAAGAAGUAUUCAAAUAGUGGCAUUGAUAUCUCCUUUUUUUAAAGCAAUUAUAUCACCUUCCUCGGG